GAAACCCCUCCAACAUGUGCUCCUCUGACAACAGGAAGCAGCUAUGCUGGGAAGGAAGGUCAUGGUAUUAGACUACGUCGUUCCCACACCAAAAGGAACCACUUGGGGACUUGGUGGAACAUGUGUGAAUGUUGGCUGCAUUCCUAAGAAGCUAAUGCACCAGACGGCCUUGCUGAGCACAGCCAUACAGGAUGCACGUAAAUUUGGCUGGGAGUUUGAUGAAUCAG